CACCCUGUAGGAAGUGCUUAGUUUAUAUAUUUUUUAUUCUUGUUGCAACUGCAAAAUAGGAGCAGUUGGUAUUUUUACAAUAAGUAGUAGGAGGACUGUACAGAAACUGGGACACACAGCUGCUCCUCUAGCCAAACACAGCCUGAAGAACUGUUUUAUGCCCCACCUGGGACUUACAUAGAACUAAACUGAUUCCCUCAAGGCCACCAGGAGCUUCCCGGGAAGGCUACAGCUGGACUUGGGCCAGCAGGGAUGACAAAUGCACAUGAUCCAGUCAACUUUCCACCCAACUGCUCCCUUGUCUUCAUUAUCCUGCAGCUCCUGUCCUGCAGCAUCCCUGCAAAAGGGAAAGCUGAUUUCUCCGUCUGUGGGCCUGGCAAAGCCGUUCUGGCUGUGCUGGGGGAGAAUGUGGAGCUACCAUGUCAUCUGUCCCUCAAUAUCAGUGCCAAGGACAUGGAGCUUCGGUGGUACAGGGACCAGCCAUCUCAAGUCGUGCACCUGCACAAGAAUGGCACAGACGUGAAGGAAGAACAGAUGAGGGAGUACCAGGGAAGGACCACCUUCCUGAGUGCUAGGCUGGACCAGGGAAAAGCCACAGUGAAGAUACACAAUGUCACAGUUUUUGAUAACGGGACCUUCCACUGCAACUUCAAAGAUGGCACCGUGUCCGCAGAGGCCAGGCUGUUGCUGACAGUGGCAGGUAAGGGCAAGCUGCUGGGGCUCAUGGUCUCCCCCAGAGCUUCUCCCCAAAGCUGAUGCCCAGUGCAGAUCAUCCUAUUAUGGCCCAAGCCUGAGCACGUCCCACAAAUGCAGUAACAUAUUUUCACCAGGGGCAGUGAUUCUUGGGAAACGCAGUUCAGGACACCGGACUUUGUUUUCUAAGUUUGCUUCUCUCCCUUUCCUGAGCCAAUCUGCAAAGAGGGGAGCAGAGGUAGAGAGGGAAGGACAGAAGCAGAAAGAGAGACAGAGAAAAGAAACUAAUUUUGCAGUAUAGGAAAGAUUUUUGAUGUUCCUGGGCCUUUUCUGUUUUGUCCUGUGCUUUCUGGGAACAAGGGUAAUA